AUGACAGAGCUCAGCACAGACCGCCGCUUUCACAACCUGACCGAGGAGCAGGUCCAGACUUUGCACCAGGUCCUUACAGAGGUGAUCCCCAUCCAUGGAAGGGGAAACUUCCCCACACUGGAGGUGAAACCCAAGGACAUCAUCCAUGUGGUGAAGGAAAGGCUAGUGAAGAGGGAGAUCAAGGUCAGGGAUGUCCGUCUCAAUGGCUCAACCGCCAGCCACGUGCUGGUCAAGGAGAAUGGCACCAGCUACAAGGACUUGGACAUCAUCUUUGGGGUGGAGCUGCCUCGGCAGGAGGACUUCCAGAUCAUCAAGGAAGUGGUACUGGGCUGCCUGCUGGACUUCCUGCCCCAAGGCGUUAACAAAGACAAGAUCACUGCCCUGACCAUGAAGGAGGCUUAUGUGCAGAAGAUGGUCAAGGUUUUCAAUGAGCAUGACCGCUGGAGCCUCAUCUCACUUUCCAACAACCGUGGAAAGAACGUUGAGCUCAAAUUCGUCAACUCGUUGCGCCGGCAGUUUGAGUUUAGCGUGGACUCCUUCCAGAUCAUCCUGGACCGUAUGCUUGAGUCCUACCUGGAGGCUGAGAGGAGGCAGGUGGCCCAUGAGCCCCCUGCCAUCACAGUGGUGGCAGAGAGCAUGUACGGUGACUUCGAGCAGGCUAUGGACCACCUGCGCUACCGGUUAAUCGCCACUCGCAACCCAGAGGAGAUACGGGGCGGGGGCCUUCUCAAGUACAGCAACCUGCUGGUGCGGGAGUUCAAGCCGGCCAGUGAGACGGAGAUCAAGACCCUGGAGCGCUACAUGUGCUCGCGCUUCUUCAUCGACUUCCCCGACGUCAACGAGCAGCAGCGCAAGAUCGAGUCCUACCUGCGCAACCACUUCAUCGGCGAAGAGUCCAGCAAGUACGACUACCUGAUGACCCUUCGGAGGGUGGUCAAUGAGAGCACAGUGUGCCUGAUGGGCCACGAGCGUCGGCAGACCCUCAACAUGAUCACCAUCCUGGCCCUCAAGGUGCUGGGUGAGCAGAACGCCAUUCCCAACACCACCAAUGUCACCUGCUUCUACCAGCCGGCGCCCUACAUGGCCGACCACAACUUCAGCAACUACUAUAUCGCCCACAGCCAGCCACCCCUCAUCUACCACCCGUACCCCCUACACAUCCACAUGCAGACAGGCCUGGUCUAGCUCACACAAGUGGGUCAGAGCAGGAAUGAGCACCACUAGGAUUAACUGCACCAUUCUGCAACAA